AUGAAGACGAGCCGCCGCGGCCGAGCGCUCCUGGCCGUGGCCUUGAACCUGCUGGCGCUGCUUUUCGCCACUACCGCCUUCCUCACCACGCACUGGUGCCAGGGCACGCAGCGGGUGCCCAAGCCGGGCUGCGGCCAGGGCGGCGGCGCCAACUGCCCCAACUCGGGCGCCAACGCCACGGCCAACGGCACAGCUGCCCCCGCCGCCGCCGCCUCGAGCCCGACCGGCGCGCCCUACAGCUGGGAGGCGGGCGACGAGCGCUUCCAGCUGCGCCGUUUCCACACCGGUAUCUGGUACUCCUGUGAGGAGCAGCUCGGUGGUCCGGGUGAGAAAUGCCGCAGCUUCAUUGACCUGGCCCCCGCUUCAGAGAAAGGGGUGCUGUGGCUGUCGGUGGUCUCUGAGGUGCUCUACAUCCUUCUGCUGGUGGUCGGCUUCAGCCUCAUGUGUCUUGAGCUCCUCCACUCCAGCAGCGUCAUAGACGGGCUCAAGCUCAACGCCUUUGCUGCCGUCUUCACGGUGCUCUCAGGCCUCCUGGGAAUGGUCGCACACAUGAUGUACACACAGGUGUUCCAGGUCACCGUGAGCCUCGGCCCUGAAGACUGGAGACCUCAUUCCUGGGACUAUGGGUGGUCCUUCUGCUUGGCCUGGGGUUCGUUUACCUGUUGCAUGGCAGCAUCUGUCACUACACUCAACUCCUACACCAAGACAGUCAUUGAGUUCCGGCACAAGCGCAAGGUUUUUGAGCAGGGCUACCGGGAGGAGCCGACCUUCAUAGACCCCGAGGCCAUCAAGUACUUCCGGGAGAGGAUUGAGAAGGGGGAUGUGAGUGAAGAGGAAGACUUCCGCCUCGCCUGCCGCCACGAGAGAUACCCUACCCGCCACCAGCCACACAUGGGAGACUCCUGGCCACGGAGCUCAGCUCAUGAAGCAGCAGAGUUAAAUCGCCAGUGCUGGGUCCUGGGGCACUGGGUGUGAUGUGACCCAAGCCAGGCCCUGCCUUCCUGCCAUCACUGGCGCUACCCCUCCCACAGGACAUGGAAGCCUGGUCUGUGUGCUGUGGACUCAGCUCUCCUGUCAUGGAGACACCAGGCCUAUACUGCCACCGCUGCCUGGGUCUUGGGACUACAGAGCUGGGUCAGGCAGGCCUGAGGGACUGUCCAGGCUGCACAGAGACUUGGAGACAGUGGCCGCCACCACACUUAGAGUCCCACCCAGCUGGGAAGCCAGGAAGGAUGUGGGCAUUGACCAUUGAAUGCUGGACACCCACAGUCAGACCCAAAGCCAAGCAGGUGCCCAGAGGGGCUGGGCCCUGUGGGGACAGGGAGCAGGGAUUAUUGAAGGAGAGGCAGUGGCUGCCUCUGUGGGAGUCACACAGCAGGCACACAGCAGAGACACAGCAGGGGCUUAAUAAAUGCUUGUUGAACCUGAUCUCUUGCUAUGUGUGGGCUGCCUCCCCCAUCAUCAUCCUGCCUUGGAGGUGUGAG